AUGGAGAUGUGCAUGGACGACAAGUGGAAGCUGUCCAAGAAGGGCAGCCGGAGGUCGGCCGCGGUGGCGCCGGCGGCGGCCACCGGCAGUCCGGUGGGCGUCAAGAAGGGCCGGGCUUCGAGGGGCUCGGGCCGGUCCGUGCCGGGGCGGCUGGCGAGCCUGGCCAAGCAGCAGAGGGCCAGGUUCUACAUCAUGCGCCGGUGCGUCACCAUGCUCGUGUGCUGGCGGGACUAG